CUCACACAAGCCGUCACCAUGGUAACCCGGGUCUUGUGACAUUCCAUCACGUGACCCUGCCUGCUUCCGCUCACAUACCCACACCUAGGCCGCCGCCGCCUCUCAGUGUAAUCCCCCCUCUGCACCAUGGAGACCGAGCCAACCCGACACCGGCCGGCACCAGAACCGAGCCAGGGGAGCAGUAAGGCCGGACCGGACCCGUCGGAGCUGGCGAAGAGGAGGAAGGAGGCCCGGGGCUGCCUACAGGAGAUCUCUCACCCGUCAUACUGGUUCGAUGUGUGGGUGUUCCUUCUCUUCGACCUGAUCUUAUUCAUCUUCAUCUACCUGCUGCCCUGAGUGAGUACCGAGACCGGACCGCUACCCCCCGAGACCGGACCGCCACCCCCCGAGACCGAGACCGAACCGCCACCCCGGACCGAGACCGGACCGCCACCCCGAGACCGGGACCGGACCGGACCGCCACCCGAGACCGGGACCGGACCGGACCGCCACUACGGACCGGAGACCGGGACCGGACCGGACCGACACCCACCGGGACCGGACCGGACCGCCACCCCGAGACCGGGACCGGACCGCCACCCCCCGAGACCGGGACCGGACCGCCACCCCCCGAGACUGGGCUUUCCAGUGCUAAAUCCUAUUACAUGAACCCAGGCUCCCUCUCUCUAAUCAUAUUACAUGAACCCAGGCUCCCUCUCUCUAAUCCUAUUACAUGAACCCAGGCUCCUCCUCUCUAAUCAUAUUACAUGAACCCAGGCUCCUCCUCUCUAAUCAUAUUACAUGAACCCAGGCUCCUCCUCUCUAAUCAUAUUACAUGAACCCAGGCUCCCCCUCUAAUCAUAUUACAUGAACCCAGGCUCCCCCUCUAAUCAUAUUACAUGAACCCAGGCUCCCCCUCUCUAAUUACCUUACGUGAACCCAGGACCAGGCUCUCUCUCUAAUUACCUUACGUGAACCCAGGCUCUCUCUCUAAUUACCUUACGUGAACCCAGGCUCUCUCUCCAAUUACCUUACGUGAACCCAGGCUCUCUCUCUAAUUACCUUACGUGAACCCAGGCUCUCUCUCUAAUUACCUUACGUGAACCCAGGCUCUCUCUCUAAUUACCUUACGUGAACCCAGGCUCUCUCUCAAAUUACCUUACGUGAACCCAGGCUCUCUCUCUAAUUACCUUACGUGAACCCAGGCUCUCUCUCAAAUUACCUUACGUGAACCCAGGCUCUCUCUCAAAUUACCUUACGUGAACCCAGGCUCUCUCUCAAAUUACCUUACGUGAACCCAGGCUCUCUCUCAAAUUACCUUACGUGAACCCAGGCUCUCUCUCAAAUUACCUUACGUGAACCCAGGCUCUCUCUCAAAUUACCUUACGUGAACCCAGGCUCUCUCUCAAAUUACCUUACGUGAACCCAGGCUCUCUCUCAAAUUACCUUACGUGAACCCAGGCUCUCUCUCAAAUUACCUUACGUGAACCCAGGCUCUCUCUCAAAUUACCUUACGUGAACCCAGGCUCUCUCUCAAAUUACCUUACGUGAACCCAGGCUCUCUCUCAAAUUACCUUACGUGAACCCAGGCUCUCUCUCAAGUUACCUUACGUGAACCCAGGCUCUCUGUCUCUCUCAGCUGGGAAACAUAUUUAGUGCUUGCAGUAUCAGAUCUAUACUGUUUAAUGACACUAGAGGCACCCAGACCACUUCAGCUCAUUGAAGUGGUGUGGGUGUAUAUUCCUAGGUCCUUUAAACCUGGAAAGGUAAUUAUUGCAGUUUUUAAUUAAUUGCAAUAAUUACCUUUAUGGGUUAACUCCACCCCUAGCGGCCGUCUACCAGACAACCACUAGAGGGACAUCCAGGUCGUUGGGCAACUUUUUGUUCACAUGAUGCUGGACAUAGUAUGAGGACAUCCAGAGUCACCGGAAACCCCAUAGGAAAGCAUUUUAUAAUGCUUUCCUAUGGGGCUGUUCUAAUGCGAGCAUGGCCAUUGCCGCACUUGCGCAUUAGGUCUACACCGCCGGCUGACAGUGGGAGUGGCGCAAAGGCAAUGCCAGGGCUAAGGGACAAGGUAAGUGACAGAAGAGGGAAGAGCCACUAUAGUUACAAUGCUUAAAUAUAUUGCUGUUUAUUAAAUCUGGAAGAGAUGGCUAAUCUCUCCCACUUCCACUGCUGUGGACUUGUGGUAUGGCUGUCUGACUAUGAACACACCAGUUCAUUACACUUUAAAUUAUUAGUCUAGCCACCAAACUACUUCAGCUUACUGAAGCAGUAAUGAUAUAAGGACCCUGGUCCUGUAGUCUUAUCUUUUCAAUUGAUAUUCUUUUCAUUAAACACAACCCACCACAGUACUGCACGUAUCAGUUUAUUGAGCAGUUUUGCUUAUAUUAUGUGAUGAAUAGUUUAUCCCCCAGUCUCAAUUCUAUUCAUCCCAUAAAACCCUGCUGACAGAGGGUUAUUGGAUUGGAUUGGAUCAAACCCCAAAGAGUAGAAUAAGCCUCCUCAUUGGGGGAGCUUCUUCCUUGUGAUGAAAUGGACAGCAUAUAGCUGCAGACAGUCUCUCUCAGCUAUGCAGCUUUAUGUUCAAUGAUUGUAACUUUAGUUUCAAUUUAAGGAAAUGCCAAGCACCAUAACCACUACAGCAUGCAGUAGCGGUUAUAGGGCCCUGACUCCCUAGGGUAAGUGGUCAACCCUGAGCUCAGCACCACAGUGAUACUUGGUAGAACUAAUGGAGCUUCUGACUCCAGGCAAGGCUUUUCUCAGCGGACACUAGAUAAGGUAUCCAACCAUGCAUAAACGGUUUAACUACUUAUCCUUAAAGGUCACAAGCUCAUUCUAGGUACCAUAAUUCGAACCGCAGGCUCACUGUACAGUUCUGUGUUCUUUUAAGAAAUAUGACCACUGAGUUUUAUUGCAAUGGUUAUGAUGGAAGAUGUAUUUGGUUGCCCCUUUUCACCCAUUAUUCGGCCUUAACCUGUUGCAGAAAGCUUUACUUGCUUGUUAUUUGUGCAAAAUCAUCCACUAUUGAAAGGUGCUAAGUGUUUAUCAGCAGGGUUCUUUAAAGGGACACUCCAGGCACCCAGGCCACUUCAGCUAAUUGAAAUGGUCUGGGUGCUGUGACCCUUUUGCACUUUGUGCUGCCAGUUCCAGAGAAAGGCAAUGUUUACAUUGCAGCACUAAGUCUGCCCUCUGUGGCUGUAUAACAGACAGCCACAAGAGGGCUUUCGGAAUCCUAACUGACCUUUGGUCGGUUAUCUGAUGCUGGACGUUCUCACGGACCUCCAGCGUCAGAUUUUCCCCAUAGUAAAGCAUUGAAUAAUGCUUUCCUAUGGGGAGGAGGUCUAAUGCGCACUAGGUCUCCCUUGGCAGUGGGGGAUGGGCGGGCGGGGGGCACUCCAGGAUUCUCUAGUGCCAGGAAAACGGGUUUGUUUUCCUGGCACAGGAGAGUCCUUUUAAACUAUUAAAGGGACACUCUAAACCCCUAAAGCACUUCAACUAAAAAUGUGAUUUACUAGUAAAUUUCAGACAUUUACCAGUUGAGUGAUUGACACUGAAAGAAUAAAGACUAAUAUUUUCUUGUUAAAGGACCACUCUAGGCACCCAGACCACUUCAGCUUAAUGAAGUGGUCUGGGUGCCAGGUCCAGCUAGGGUUAACCCAUUUUUUCAUAAUUAUAGCAGUUUCAGAGAAACUGCUAUAAUUAUGAAUGGGUUAAGCCUUUCCCCUAAUCCUCUAGUGGCUGUCUCAUUGACAGCCACUAGAGGCGCUUGCGUGCUUCUCACUGUGAUUUUCACAGUGAGAGCACGCAAGCGUCCAUAGGAAAGCAUUGUAAAUGCUUUCCUAUGAGACCGGCUGAAUGCGCGCGCAGCUCUUGCCGCGCGUGCGCAUUCAGUCGGAGGCGGAGAGGAGGCAGAGAGCUCUCCGCCCAGCGCUGGAAAAAGGUAAGUUUUUACCCCUUUCCCCCUUCCAGAGCCGGGCGGGAGGGGGUCCCUGAGGGUGGGGGCACCCUCAGGGCACUAUAGUGGUCCUUUAAUCAAAUAUAUCUGCAGAUAAUGGGUGUGUUGGUGCUUUGGCCUCUGGAGUUCCUAAGACAAACUCUAAGAUAUGGAUAAGAGUGCGUGGGGAAAUUAUGAGCUUAUGUUUUCUGAUGGUAUUAUGCGUCCUUAUACUGUCCUAACAUAACAAAAGUUUUUUCAUCUUUUCCACAGAACACUUGUAAACCUUCUAGACGCUAAAGACGACUUUCCCUCUUGGACAUGAAAUGUUUCAUUGGCUUCAUUUGCAAACAUUUGACGUUUACAGUCUCUUGCAAUUAAGAGUAGUAACUCUAUGAAAUACAGUAUGGAUGUUGGAUUGUAAAAUGGAUAUUGAAAGACUGGCAUCACUUCUUACACGAAGACCCUUGGAAUAUUUAUUUUCUAUAAGAUGAUUUUCAGUUAAUUCUUACACAAAGUUUUUAUAAAGAUUAUAAUUCAAGGCCAUAUGGAGAUGUGAUGUUUUUAUUUCCCUAGUAACCUAAAUACAUU